GGAGUGAUGGUGACUUUCUUUGAUGAUUGAUUACGGAUCAGCUGCUGUCUAUUUUCUGUCUUGAAUGUUUCUGGGUCUUCACCUUAAUGAGAACCCAGUUCUAUUCUCUCCGCUGUGGACAAAGGAACUAACAGACGGUGUUUUGUUGUCCUUUAGCUUUCGAAGAUUUUUCUUCUGGACCGUUGGAGUCAUUCGAUGUCCAGUUUGUAGCCAAGAAUGUGCAGAGCGACACAUCAUAGAUAAUUUUUUUGUGAAGGAUACUACUGAGGUUCCCAGCAGUACAGUGGAAAAGUCUAACCAGGUGUGUACAAGCUGUGAGGACAAUGCAGAAGCUAAUGGGUUUUGUGUCGAGUGUGUUGAAUGGCUCUGCAAGACAUGCAUCAGAGCUCAUCAAAGGGUAAAGUUCACCAAAGACCACACGGUGAGACAGAAAGAGGAAGUAUCUCCAGAGGCAGUGGGUGUGACGAGUCAGCGGCCAGUGUUUUGCCCUUUUCAUAAGAAGGAGCAGCUAAAGCUUUACUGUGAAACGUGUGACAAACUGACAUGUCGGGACUGCCAGUUAUUAGAACAUAAAGAGCACAGAUAUCAAUUUAUAGAAGAAGCUUUUCAGAAUCAGAAAGUGAUCAUAGAUACACUAAUCACCAAAUUGAUGGAAAAAACAAAAUACAUCAAAUUCACAGGAAAUCAGAUCCAGAACAGGAUAAUUGAAGUAAAUCAAAAUCAAAAGCAGGUGGAACAAGAUAUUAAAGUUGCUAUAUUUACAUUGAUGGUAGAAAUAAAUAAAAAAGGAAAAGCUCUACUGCAUCAGCUUGAGAGCCUUGCAAAGGACCAUCGCAUGAAACUUAUGCAACAACAACAGGAAGUGGCUGGGCUUUCUAAACAGCUGGAACAUGUCAUGCAUUUUUCCAAAUGGGCAGUGUCCAGUGGCAGCAGUACAGCACUACUUUACAGCAAGCGACUGAUUAUAUACCGGUUACGGCACCUCCUUCGAGCAAGGUGUGAUGCUUCACCAGUGACCAACAAUACCAUCCAAUUUCACUGUGAUCCUAGUUUCUGGGCUCAAAAUAUUAUCAAUUUAGGUUCUUUAGUAAUUGAAGAUAAAGAGAGUCAACCACAAAUGCCUAAGCAGAAUCCUGUCGUGGAACAGAAUUCACAGCCACAAGGUGGCUUAUCUUCAAACCAGUUAUCCAAGUUUCCAACACAGAUCAGCCUAGCUCAAUUACGACUCCAGCAUAUGCAGCAACAGGUAAUGGCUCAGAGGCAACAGGUGCAACGGAGGCCAGCACCUGUGGGUUUACCAAACCCUAGAAUGCAGGGGCCCAUCCAGCAACCUUCCAUCUCUCAUCAGCAACCCCCUCCACGUUUGAUAAAUUUUCAAAAUCACAGCCCCAAACCCAAUGGACCAGUUCUCCCUCCUCAUCCUCAACAGCUGAGAUACCCACCAACCCAGAGUAUGCCACGGCAAGCAAUAAAGCCCAACCCCCUGCAGAUGGCUUUCUUGGCCCAGCAAGCCAUAAAGCAGUGGCAGAUCAGCAGUGGGCAGGCUCCCCCAUCAACUGCCAAUAGCACAUCCUCUACUCCUUCCAGUCCCACCAUUACUAGUGCAGCAGGAUAUGAUGGAAAGGCUUUUGGCUCACCUAUGAUUGAUUUGAGCUCACCAGUAGGAGGGUCUUAUAAUCUUCCUUCUCUUCCAGAUAUUGACUGUUCAAGUACUAUUAUGCUGGACAAUAUUGUGAGGAAAGAUACUAGUAUAGAUCAUGGCCAGCCAAGACCACCCUCAAACAGAACCGUCCAGUCACCAAAUUCAUCAGUGCCAUCUCCAGGCCUUGCAGGACCUGUCACUAUGACUAGUGCACACCCGCCAAUGCGUUCACCUAGUGCCUCCAGCGUCGGGAGUCGAGGAAGCUCUGGCUCUUCCAGUAAACCAGCAGGAGCUGAUUCUACACACAAAGUCCCAGUGGUCAUGUUGGAGCCAAUCCGAAUAAAACAAGAAAACAGUGGACCACCUGAAAAUUAUGAUUUUCCUGUUGUUAUAGUGAAACAAGAAUCAGAUGAAGAAUCUAGGCCUCAAAAUACCAACUAUCCAAGAAGCAUACUUACCUCCCUGCUCUUAAAUAGUAGUCAGAGCUCUGCUCCUGAGGAGUCUGUGCUAAGGUCAGAUGCCCCUGAUAGCACAGGUGAUCAACCUGGACUUCACCAGGAAAAUUCCUCAAAUGGAAAGUCUGAGUGGCUGGAUGCCUCCCAGAAGUCGCCCCUUCAUGUUGGAGAGACAAGGAAAGAGGAUGACCCCAAUGAGGACUGGUGUGCAGUUUGUCAGAACGGAGGGGAACUCCUGUGCUGUGAGAAGUGUCCUAAAGUAUUCCAUCUUUCUUGUCAUGUACCCACAUUGGCAAAUUUUCCAAGUGGAGAGUGGAUUUGUACUUUCUGCCGAGACUUAUCUAAACCAGAAGUUGAAUAUGAUUGUGAUGCUCCCAGUCACAACUCAGAAAAAAAGAAAACCGAAGGCCUUGGUAAAUUAGCACCAAUAGAUAAAAGGAAGUGUGAACGCCUACUUUUAUUUCUUUAUUGCCAUGAAAUGAGCCUGGCUUUUCAAGACCCAGUUCCUCUAACUGUGCCUGAUUAUUACAAAAUAAUUAAAAAUCCAAUGGACUUGUCGACUAUCAAGAAAAGACUACAAGAAGAUUAUUUCAUGUAUACAAAGCCUGAAGAUUUUGUAGCUGAUUUUAGAUUGAUCUUUCAAAACUGUGCUGAAUUCAAUGAGCCUGAUUCAGAAGUAGCCAGUGCUGGUAUAAAACUUGAAAGCUAUUUUGAAGAACUUCUAAAGAACCUUUAUCCAGAAAAACAGUUUCCUAAACUUGAAUUCAGGAAUGAGUCAGAAGAUAAUAAAUUUAGUGAUGACUCAGAUGAUGACUUUGUACAGCCCCGGAAGAAACGCCUCAAAAGCAUAGAGGAACGCCAGUUGCUUAAAUAAGCAGCACCAUCGUCGUGUGGUAGCUGGUUUUUAUUAGAUUUGUUUUCAAAAAUUAUUUUGUGAAUAAUUUAACAUCAUUACAAAGAAGAGUUUGUCACCACUCUGAUCUAUAAGUUUUUGAUGUUUCCUGGACUUUGAUUUUCUUAACCCAUUUCUUUUAACCUUCUGAUUAAGAAAGUAAGAAAAAAAGAAAGGGAAAGAGGGAGGAAGGAAGGAGAAAGAAAAGAAGCCUCAACAACAAAACAGACAUUGUCCCCACUUUCUGGAUUUCAGAACUAAUCUGGAGCGGUAGCUACUGUAGAGAGGAGAUAGGCUGUAUGAAUUCUAAGUUGGAAUUUUACUGUGAUUUGUAUGUGUGCAUUAAUCCAUUUUUAGAAAAUACCACUACCCACUAAUUAUGGCCCAACCAUGAAUUAGGUGGGAUGUCCUUAAGAACAGUACAUACUUAAGAACAGUUGGGCCAUAAUUAAUGAACAUGGAUAGUAAUAAGAGUUCUAUCCUAGGAUGCUUACUGGUGCAACGAAAAAGUAGAUUAGAUACUGUUACGAAGGCACCUAAUAGUAUGUCAUGUAAGAUGGCAACUGUAUUAAAGAAAAAGCAGGAAAACAAAUAUUUGAUUUUUAUUUUUGUUCUGUUCUUGUCUGUAGAGAUGUUUGAUAUAGCAGAUUUUCAAGGCCAUUUUUCAUACAUUUCUUAAUCGAACUUCCUCCACUGAGGAAGUGAACACAUUUGGUUUUGCUGUGUGUCCAUGUGUGGUUUUGUUCGUUUUAACUGUGCAGGUGAUUCUUUUAUAACAAGACUCAUUGUUUGCCGUAUGGCUUUUGUUGGAACACCCAAAAUAUGAAAUACAGCUGUAUGCCGUAUUUGAUGUAAGGAUUUUUAAAAAUAUACUCUAUUGAGCAUUAAAUGGAAGUUCCCCUGAAAGGGACUA